CUACCGGUACGCGAAUAGUAGGGGUGUUGAUAUACCACUACUACUCUGCCAUCACACUAUCUUGUUCUGUUUAUACACUAUUCGCAUCACCGGGACUCUGCUCGCAUCAUGAAGUUCUGGAAUAGCCUGGCCUGCACCGGCUUUCUCGCCACGGCUGCCGUUGCCACAGACCUGCUCACACCCGACGCGCUCGAGAGAGAUAUUGAGGAAAAGAACCUCCAAAAUGUGCUCUGGAACCUGAACCACAUCGCAAGCGAACAUGGCGGCAACCGUGCCUUUGGUCUCCCCGGCUUCAAUGCCUCUAUUGACUUUAUCCUUGAGCGAGUACAGACACGCUUCGGAAAUGAGUUUGACACCUACGUCCAGCAGUUCGAUCACUUGUUUGAGAGCACCAGAAGCAUCUCCGUCAAGGGCCCUCAGGGUGAAGACCUAUAUGUGAUUACUCUUCAAUACAACAGUGCUACACCUCUUCCCGGCGGUAUCACUGCGGAGCUUAUCGACACACCAGUUGACGACGUGCGGGGAUCAGGCUGCUUUGCGGACCAGUGGGAAGGAAUUGACGCAACGGGAAAGAUUGCCUUGGUGAGAAGGGGCAUUUGUGCCAUUUCCGACAAGCUCAAGCUGGCCAAGGCGCAUGGUGCGUUGGCAGUCAUCUUGUACAACAACCUCCCAGGCAAGCCCAUUGGAUCGGCUACUUUGAGCGCCGAGAACAUCGGAUUGCUGGUUCCUGUUGGAGUCAUUACUCAGGAAGACGGCAGGGCAUGGAAAGCUCGUCUUGCAGCAGGCGAGACUCUAACUGCCACACUUACGGUGGAUUCCGUCAAUCAGAUUAGACCCAGCUGGAACAUCAUUUCGGAGACCAAGGAGGGUGACCCAAACAACGUGGUUAUGCUUGGUGCUCAUCUGGAUUCCGUCCAAGCCGGUGCCGGCGUGAACGACGAUGGCAGCGGAACUGCUGGCCUUCUUGAGAUAGCUACCGCUAUCCGGAGAUACAAGGGCUUUAAGAACAAAGUUCGAUUUGCCUGGUGGGGUGCUGAGGAGAGCGGUCUGAUUGGCUCUCUCUACUAUGGUCGAAAUCUGUCUGAAGAGGAGGCUGAUCGCAUCCGCUUCUACUUCAACUACGACAUGAUUGGCUCCAAGCAGCCCAUCUACGCUGUGUAUGCCGAUACUGAAGACCACAAGACUGGAGGCUCUAUUCUCUUUGACUACCUCCAAGCCAAGGGCAAGCCUGUCUACUAUGGCGGAUUUGGCACAUCUUCAGAUUAUGCUUGUGAUAACCUUGACAACAUUAACUGGGAUGCCAUCACUGUCAACACCAAGGCUGCUGCUCGUGCGGUGGCACAGCUCGCAUUGAGCUUGGACGGCAUUCCUCUUCGGGAAAAGACUAGCCUCAACCCAAGCAGCAAACGGGCUAUCCAGAGACGGCUGGACCGGGCUGCAAAGCUCACAAAGGUGAUUGAGAAGUCUCACAGCUGCGGAGGCCAGGGUGACAACACAGUUUGAAGCAGAGGAUUAGGUGUUGGGUGGAAAAAGUCAUCAAAUUAGUCAUUAGUCAUUAACAGAGUAUCGCUAUGAUUAU